GAUAUAACGUAGCUUUUAGCUUAUAAAACCAAUGCUUUGACGCUUUGACCUUAGAUCGAAGGAAAAAUGUCAUAAUCUUUGGAAAUUUUAGGUUACACGUAAAUUUCACUUGUUUUUAUCAUAAAUCAAUAUUUUUCUUUAUAGAAGUUCAAAUUUAUUUUAAGUAAGAUUUAUCGUUUUUAAAUUUCAUCUUUUGGAAAUAUUCUACAUAUUUUUAGCAAGAUCAAAAUGUCCAAUACUUCAACAUUCAAUGAAAAUGAGCAGGCUACUGAAACUCAAAAAUUAACAGAAUCGGUAAUCGAGAAAAAUGAAGGAGAAAAUAUACUGUUAACAAACGGAACAAAAGAAAUUGAUGCAUCUGAAUCUGAAGACAAUGUGGUUGAACAUACCGAGAAGAAAAAUGAAUGGCUAGACUUACUUGGUAGUGGGGCUGUUAUGAAGAAAAUAAUUACAGAAGGAAAGCCCGACACAAGACCCCAACGAUCGGAAAAGUGUAUAAUUAAUUACUGUUGUUUACUUGAAGAUGGUACUGUAGUCGACAGUACGGAUAAUUUUAAAUUAAACUUAGGGGAAUCUGAUGUGAUCUCAGGAUUAGAUGUUGCAUUAGGUUUGAUGAAUGUGGGUGAAAAGUGUAAAUUGAAAAUUGAACCAAGACUUGCCUUUGGGAGUAAAGGACUUCCACCCAAAAUUCUUCCCGAUACAGUGGUUAUUUAUGAUGUUGAAUUAGUCUUGGUGGAACCUGAGGAUGAAAUUGAAAAUUUAUCUGUUGAGCAAAGAAAAUGUAUUGGUAAUCAAAAACGGGAAAGAGGGAAUUGGUGGUACAGUCGUGGAGAUAACAACAUAGCCAUUCAGUGUUACAGGCGAGCUUUAGACUACUUAGACGAGGUUGAAGGGGGCAUAAUUUUACCAGAAAAUAAAACAACUGAAGUAACUGAUUCAGACCUACAAAGUUUGCUAGAAGACAGGAUCAGUGUUUAUAACAAUAUGGCAGCUGCUCAAAUAAAAAUGGAAAUGUUUGAUGCUGCACUCAGCUCUCUACAAAUUGUCCUAAGAUGUCAGCCGAACAACGUAAAAGCACACUUUAGAAAAGCUAAGGUUUAUGUGGGAAAAAAUGAUUUACCAACAGCAAUGAGGUGUUUACAAAAAGCUAAGGAAUUAGCACCAAAUGAUAUUGAAAUUCAAAAAGAAAUAAAUGCAGUUGCAAAAAUAUUGGAAAAGCAAAAAGUUAGUGAACGGGAAUUGGCUAAGAGAAUGUUUAAUCCACCAAAAAAGACUGACAAAACUGAUUCCAAAAGACACACUGGGAAAAGUAAGUUGGGUUUAUGGGCAACUUUGGGGGCAACCGUAGCUGUUGGUGUAGCUGGUAUAGCGGCCUAUCGCUUCAAAUACACAUGAAAUAUUUAUUUUAAAUUAUCCUAUUGCAUUUAUUAACAGAGUUGUAAUAAGUUAUUAUUUUAGAUUUUUCAUUUAUUAAAUAGUUACUUGAAAUACA